CUUAAGUUACCAACACUCCUAACAUAUAAAACUACCAAUACGUGAAUAUCAAGCAACUAAUCAUUUGUCCUUUAAAACAUAAAUCAUUCCACCUAUUCCUAAACCUUUCUCUCUACUCUGCCAUCUGCACUAGUACUAGUGUACUACCAAACAUGGACAACAAAACUGAUAACACCUCAACUAGAAUAACAAAAACCAACUUCCUGCUUUGGAUUUCAGCUUUUUCUGUUGUCCUCGUCUCCAUUUUUCUUGCUCUUAGCACGACUAGUUCCUCCCCUAGUCAAACUGAUUUUAGUACUAGUAGUGGUUCUUUGAAAGUAGCUCUGACUGACUUUGCUUCAUUCUUAUGGGACAUUCCCUACAGACUAUCCAAAGGUCACCACCACCACCAUCAUCAUCAUCACAGGAGGCAUAGAUGUAACAAAAACAAAUGGGUUUCCAAACUAAUUUCCGAAUAUAAAGUGUCGAAAGUCUUGACUGUUGAUCAGAAAAGAUGUGGCAACUUUCGAAGCAUACAAAAAGCUGUUGAUGCCGUUCCUGAUUACAGUUCUACUUGGAUUUUAAUCAUAAUCGAUUCAGGCAUCUAUAGGGAGAAGGUGGUUGUAAAUACAAACAAGAAAAACUUGAUAAUCCAAGGUCAGGGUUAUCGAAAAACAUUUAUCACUUGGAAUGAUACAGCAAAAUCCACUGGUGGGACAAUUUACAGCUCCUCAGUCUCCAUUCUUGCUCCCAAUUUCAGAGCUUACAACGUUAGUUUCAAGAAUACAGCUCCUGCUCCAUCACCUGGUACGGCUGGAGCUCAAGCAUUGGCUAUUAGAAUAUCCGGCGACCAAGCUGCAUUUUAUGGUUGUGGGUUUUAUGGUGCCCAAGACACUCUACACGAUGACCAGGGAAAACAUUAUUUCAGAGAAUGUUUCAUUGAAGGCUCAAUAGAUUUCAUCUUUGGCAACGCUAGAUCAUAUUACCUGGAUUGCACGAUACACUCUAUAGCUAACCAAGUGUCGGAGGGUUCAAGUGGAGCAAUUACAGCUCACGGGAGGCAGUCGCUGAAUGAGAUAUCCGGGUUUUCCUUUGUGAACUGUAUUAUACGCGGGACUGGGAAAGUAUGGCUUGGUCGAGCUUGGGGACCCUAUGCCACUGUCGUCUUCUCAAGGACGUAUAUGUCAGAUGUUGUGGCUCCAGAUGGUUGGAACGAUAUGAAUGAUCCCUCUAGAGACUCGACAGUAUUCUUUGGUGAAUAUGAAUGUAUCGGACCAGGAGCCAAUAACACAUUCAGAGCUUCAUUCAGCAAACAACUGGGUCAUUUCAAAGCAGCACAAUAUAUGGAUAUUUCCUACAUACAGGGAAACAAGUGGCUUCUCCCGAACGACCAAACUGAGUGAUGCCGAUUUUGAUUAUGGUUUUUGUAGAAACCAAAGUUCCAUAUCUAAUUUAUGAGCUAGUGAGUAUACCUGGGGCCAUUUUGUUUGGCUUCUCCGAAAUGAAUGUCUUUAUAUAAUCAAUCCUACCAUAUACGAAUACAAAGAUCAGACGAAUCCCAGCUGAUUGAUCAAAACAAAACAAAAAAAAUCAGACGAAUGAUACCCAUUUUAUUAUGAAAUCGAAGGAAAACAUUUGUGUAAAUUGGAUCCUUAUGUGUAUGAACUGUGAUAAUAAAGGUUAGAAAGAUAUUUGAUGAGGGAAAAACUCUAGUUUGGUUCUUACAGUUUGUGACGAACAGCAUGUAGUUUGGGUUGAAUGUUCGUUAUGAGAAGCAUAGAGGUGCAUGUACCUACUCAUAAUGUAUUUCAGAUAAUGAAUAAGUGAAGCCGAUGUUUAUGUGUUCA